AUGGGUGGUGAUGCACUGACGAUGGCAACCAUUGCCCUUGCAGUGAUGCUCGCGCUGAUGGGCUGCUUUGUGACCGAGACAAGUGCAGCGUCUUUUGUUCUCGGGGACACAUCUGUCACCUACCGCGUCGAUGGUCGUGUGUUCCACGAGAAACUCACAGACACACUCUAUGCCAAGUUUUCUCCAUCCAAUCCCAUCGUCGGCGAAGUCGUCGUCUUCGCCCCGGAGAAGAGCUGUAAAUUGCCGACAACGCCACCGCCGCCGCCAUCGCGGCCAAAGCUCAUGCUCGCUGACCGCACAAGCAACUGCUCCUUCACCCAACAGGCGUAUGUGGCGCGGGCGUAUGGCAUGGCCGGCAUGAUCAUCAGCGACGUGCACAGCCAGCGCGGGAGCGUGAUCCUCAUGACCACCGAGGACAAGGCGCUCUCGUUCCCUUCCGUCUCGUGCACCCCUGAUGUGUCUGCACGCCUCAAUCUUCUCAGCAACGACGUCAACAUCCGCAGCCUCAACGUCACGAUUGAGCCGUAUGAGACGAUUGACUUUGCGGCCCUGACAUUUUACACGCGCACGGCCAUCUUCAUCGUUCUGUGCAUCGUGUUUGUGUUCAUGUCCUCCGUCUACUGCCAGCACGGCCUUCGCCGCCUCUUCUGCCAACGCAGGAUUGACCGGCGGGUUGUGGUUGAGCAGGGCCGCUUCAACGACCGCGCAACACAGGCCCUCCAACAUAUGGAGACGCGCACGUACCACCGCAGGUAA